AUGUCGACCCCAUCGAAUGCGUCGCCGGAUACUACUAUACUAGAUGAACACGAACAUGAAAGCGCCCACACUGCCACAAGCGGGCAUUCGUCAGAGGCGGACGAACGGCCUAAAUCAGAGGAUGUACCGGGUGUACAAAACGGAGAGGACGUGAAGCCGGAGUCACAAGACGGCGAAAUCAAGCAGGAGGCCGUACCGCUGACACCCGAAGAAUCUGUCGGAAGCCCACAGUCGUCGAGCUCAUCCACCACCCGGCCACCAAACGACGGGCGUCGGGAAAAUGGCAACGACGAAAAGGCUGUCAUCGCUGACACCUCCUCGCGAAGCAGUGAUAAUGAUUCCGCUAAAAUCACCGAGGGAAUGGCGCGCGCAACAUUGAACGACUCUGGAAAAGGAACGUCGCAGCCUGUCGGUUAUACACCACCCCCCUCUGUCAGCGAAAUCAUCAAACCCUAUGAAACGGUCCAGUUCUGCAGGAGGCCCGGCUAUGUUAAUCCGGCAGUUGUCACUCCCGUUAAAGCCUACAGCAAUCACUUUGAAUUGAAGACUCCAGUUUCCAUCGAUUUUAUGCUAUACAACGUUGAAGUCAAUAUGCAUGACGGCCGUCAGUGGAAGCAAUUGAUCAAACGCGAGGACGUCGCCCCAAUUUUCUGGAAGAUUGUCAAGCAGAACAGCGAUGUCUUCCUAACGGAAACCGCUCAGAUCAGUCGCCAUCAUAUUUUCCCGACGAACUACAUUUUCAAUGACGUCAACCUUUAUAUAUCAACCCUUGGCAACGGCAUCUGCGCCUGGGCCGGUCUUCAUGCGGCGCUGAAGCUCAACCUCAUGCACCGGUCUCCCCUCGUCAAUGUUGAUUUGACCUACAAAUUCUACUACAAGGCCGGGAACUCUCUUCUUCAGCAGUGCUUUGAGUACCUGGAAAAUACCCGUGGGCAAACGGAAUUCUGCGAAAACGAGUUCAGGCACCGGAUGAUGAAACCGAUGGCUAUUCGGAAGCUGGUAUCGCUCUUGAAGGGCCUCGAGGUCAUCUCGAAUCUGCCGGAUCGUGGACCCAGGCCAUGCAAAGUGUUCAACAUUGUACCCCAGGCUACCGCACGGAAUUUCUUCUUUGAG